UUGCCGAUUGGCAUGACGUCAUUUUCGUAGGUCAGCUCCGAGCUAUUGGCUAGCUCUGGUUAGCGCGCUGAGAGAUUCGCUGUCUUUCGCGACAUUAACUGUUGUUUUUAUUUCUUGUACGUCUCACAGCUAAAGGAAACUCGUUUUAAUGGAAAGCGAAGCGUCUGACAUCGAUCCUGCACCAGGACCGGAAUCCGGCGGUAUGGACGGGGAGAAUGCACCAUUGUAUUGCAUCUGCAGGAAACCACACAUCAACUGCUUCAUGAUUGGCUGUGAUAACUGCAAUGAAUGGUUCCAUGGCAACUGCAUUAACAUCACGGAGAAGAUGGCCAAGGCUAUCCGGGAGUGGUACUGCAUGACAUGCAGAGAUGAAAACCCAUUCCUAGAAAUAAAGUAUAGAAAAGAAAAGAAAAACCGCGACAAGGAACCGGACUCUGACAGAACCCAGUACAGCACCCCGAGUACUCCAGACUACAAAAGUGAAAGGCGGCGUGGAUCAAAAGUCAAGCGCUCCGUGCGAAUGUGCGGUGAAUGUGAGCCCUGCCGAAGGACCGAGGACUGUGCCCAGUGUGACUUCUGCAAAGACAUGAAGAAGUUUGGGGGACCCAAUAAAAUAAGGCAGAAAUGCCGAUUUCGGCAGUGUGAAGUGCGAGCAAGGAAAAUGCUCCGCGUAAAAGAAGAGGAGAUGUCCUUGCGAGAGAGGAGAGAGAACUACCACCACAGACGGAGACGGUACUCCGAGGACUACGACAGCGAGCUGGAUCUCUACCAGCAGUACCGAGCGGCGGGGAUGGACGACAACAUGGGCUGGGCGACGGAUGACGACGACGAGCCGCCUUUCAGUCCUGUCGUGAGAAAGAAGGCUGUGAAGGUGAAACAUGUCAAGAGGCGAGAAAAGAAGUUUGACAAGAAAAAAGAGUCCCGGCGCCACAAGCAAAAGCAGAAGCACAAGGACCGAAACCGACACAGCGAGAGGGGUGACGUGCGGGAUCACGGAGGGAGACAUCAGUGUCUCGGCCCAAACUGCGUUGACUCUGCCAGAGCCAACUCCAAAUACUGCUCAGAAGAAUGUGGCAUGAAGUUAGCGGCCAACCGCAUCUACGAGAUCCUCCCUCAGCGGAUCCAGCAGUGGCAGCAGAGUCCGUGCAUUGCUGAGGAGCACGGCAAGAAGCAACUGGAGCGCAUUCGCAGGGAGCAGCAGAACGCUCGCUUGCGCCUCACCGAAAUGGAGCGCCGCUUCCACGAGCUGGAAGGCAUCAUCGCCAAGGCCAAGCAGCAGGCGGUGCAGCAGGACGAGGAGGUGAACGAAGGGGAUGGUGAUGACACAGACCUUCAGAUUUUUUGCGUGUCCUGCAGCCAUCCCGUCAAUCCAAAAGUGGCACUGAGACAUAUGGAGAGAUGCUAUGCUAAGUACGAGAGUCAGACCUCCUUUGGUUCCAUGUAUCCGACAAGAAUUGAAGGAGCAACCAGACUCUUUUGUGAUGUGUACAAUCCCCAAAGCAAAACAUACUGCAAGAGGCUUCAGGUUUUGUGUCCGGAACAUUCCAGAGACCCAAAGGUUCCUGUGGACGAGGUGUGCGGGUGUCCGUUGGUGAAAAAUGUCUUUGAGUUGACGGGCGAAUACUGCAGGGUGUCCAAACGGAAGUGCAACAAACAUUACAACUGGGAAAAGCUCAGGCGGGCUGAAGUGGAUUUGGAGCGAGUCAGGGUGUGGUACAAGUUGGACGAGCUGUUUGAACAAGAACGGAAUGUCAGGGCCGCCAUGACCAACAGAGCCGGUCUACUCGCGCUGAUGUUGCACCAAACCAUUCAACAUGAUCCCUUGACAACUGACCUGCGUUGUAAUAAGGAUAGAUAGUGGAAUCCAUCCGAGAAACAUGAAACAAUGUAAAGUGAUUUUCUAUUUGAAUAAUUAUAAUUUUUUUUAUCAUAAUGAACUUGAGGUGGUAACGUGAGUAUAUAUUUUCCUGACUGUGUAGAGAGACACUAACCAACUUUUUGCUAUGAACAUUUCCAGUGAGGGCAGCAUACUGUGCUUUUAAAAAAAUCCUGUUUAUUUCUAUAUAUAUUUGUUACAUUUUGUAAAAAGGCUAAAAAAAAUUGCUAUAUAUUUAAAGAGAAAGCUUUUUCUAGUUUUUACUAUCAACAUUUCAGCCUUUUCUCUAAACAAUUUGCUGUAUUUUUCCCAUUUUCUUUUGGUUUAAAUGAUUUCUACAAUGUGUUGCGAGCCAAUAAGUGAUGAAUCAUGGGCUGCAAAUGGACCCUGUCCUGCACUUUGGACACCACUGCUGUAAAUAAACUCCUUCAAAUGUC